CAAAAAUAGAUUAUUAUAUGUCAAUUUAUUUUUGUGUAGUAAACGAUUUCUUUAUUUUCUAAAAUAAAUUGUUAAUUUUUUAAAUAAAACAAUAUGCAAAACCUUGUUGAAAGAACAUCAAAACACAAAAAGGAUAAUGCUGACAACGACAAUGAGGAGGAGAAAAAAAAGCGACCUAUUAUUAAAAGUGCAACUGAUUUGCAACGUCUUAAAUUAGAAAAACUUAUGAAAAACCCAGACAAACCAGUCAUAAUACCUGAAAGUCCUAGAGAAAAAGAUUACAUGCAAACAGUACCGUCAUUUGUGCGUAAUGUGAUGGGCUCAAGUGCUGGAGCAGGAUCUGGAGAGUUUCAUGUGUAUCGACAUCUUAGACGCAAAGAAUAUGCUCGGCAAAAGUGUAUCCAUGCAAAGAGCAUAAGAGAGCAACUGGACGAUGAAUACCAGUCAAAAUUGGAGAAGAAUCGACUUGAAGCUGACGCCAAAACAGCCAAGAAACGUGCUAAACGAUUGAAGAAAAAACAACGCGCCAAAAAGCCGAAAGUUCCCAAAUCGGACGAAACAGAGAAACCGAAUGAUACUGAUACUGACGACGACGAGGAUGAGGAUGAAGAAGCUCUAGAGAAGAAAGAAAAUGAUUCAGAGAUAUGUCAGGAUACUGCUGGCCCAGCUCCCAAAGAUGAUAUAAAUGAUAUUCGCAAUGAAGAUGAACCUAUUCAGAAUGAGACUUUAAAUACGUGUUUGAAUACUGAUAAAAGUAGCCAAAACAAUCAAGAAAAAAAUGAAAACGACAAACAAAUAAGCACAGAAACUAAAGAGCAAGCAGAAACUGAAGAUGUUGAUGGAACAGAGAAGCAAAAAGUCGAUGUUGAAGACAAAGCAACUGACGAGCAAAUAAAAGAACCAAAACUUUUAGAAUCAUAAAUAAAUGAAUUUUGUUCUAAGUUA